AUGAUGGACAAUAAUGAAAUAUUUAAUAAUCAAGAAUAUAGAGGAUCAGUAGAAGAUAUAAAAACUCAUAAGACUGAAAUUGAUACAAAGUUAGAUAUAUUUUCCAGUGAUAUACCUUGCUUAGACUGGUUAGAUUGCAAUCAUAAUUGUAAUAAGUCAAAUUGUCUAAUAGAUUCAUCAUAUCCUAUAAUAUUUACUAGGAUAAUUUGUAGAAAUUCUAAACAAAAAAGGGAAAUUUUGGGGCAUAUCUCAGAUUUUUCUCAAUUGGUAGUUGGUACAAGUUGGUUUGUACUAGAAGAUUUUAGUGACUACAAUAAGAUAACAGUAAUUGAAUUCUUUGGAUAUUGUAAUGGUUCAUUUGUAAAAACUAUAUAUAAUAACAAAGAUAUGAAGUCUAUAAUAUCAAAUAAACUAGAUAUUUCAAAAUGUGGAGAUUUUGAUAUAUUAAAUAUAAAAAGGAUGGAAGGAAAAUUUACUUCUCAUUUAGAUGUGAUAAUAAAGUCUCUUUUAGAAGAUGAGCAAUCAUAUAAUUAUAGUAAUAAUAAUGGUAUAAUUCUGAAUGGACAUAUAAAAUCUCAAGAAAAUGAGGUUUUUAACAAAUAUAAAGAUAAGAUGGAUACAUCCUUUGAAAAACUUGAUAGUAAGCUAUCUUUACAAACUUAUAGUCCAUCAUCAAUUGUAUUUAUAGUAAAUAUAUCCUGUGAAGACAUUAGUAAAUAUAUAGAAAGAAUUGAGGAUGUAUUUGUAAAGAGCUGGAUAAUGAAUGAAGAUAUAAGACAAGAAAUAAUUGACUGUGAUGGUCUUCCAUUUUUAGCUAUGUUAAUUCCUAGAUUAGAUUUGGUUGAUGGAGGAGAAAUGUUGAGUAAGAAUCAAUUAAUAAUGUUGCAUAUGUUUACUUCCGUUUCAGAAUAUGCGUUAGUAACAAGUACAACAAUAUGGAAUGAUUACUUGGUCCUUUUAUCAAAUAUUGGUAGUAGUUGUGAAUAUACAACAAAUAAACUCAUUUAUUCAACUGAAAAUUCUAUUUUUGAUGGAAGUAUUCCUUUAAUGAGUGAUUCAGAAAGUUCUGGAAAUGGGGAAAUAUGCAAUAAGAGAAAUGAGAGUAGUUCUGAAAAUAUUAUAAAUAGGACAUCUAUGGUUUCUUCGUUAAGUACAUCUUCUAAGGGAAAUGAUAAUUCGAACUAUUUAUCAUCUACUGAUGCUGAAUCAUGUUUAACUUCUGCUAAUUGUAGUACUGAAGAGAUUUUAGAUAGAACGACAAGUAUAGGAUUUGAUUCACAUUUUAUGAAUAUCAAUUUACUGUUAGUAAGGAGACUAAGUGAUAUUUGUUUUUGGGAAACAGGUCUGAUUAAUGAAGAUGAUGUUAUUGCUGCAUCUAACCUUAGGAAGGGGAUAUUUAUAAAUAAUAGUAUAGAUAGAAAUAUGAUAGAUAGUAUGGAAUUAAAUAUCAAAGAUGAUCAUAAUGCAGAUAUUUAUUCAGUACAUUUCCCGAAGCACUCACUACUUAAUAAUGGUAUUCCUGUUGUAAAGUGCAAAAAAUUUAAGUAUUCAAUGGAUCAUUUAAAGAAAAUUCUUGCAGAAUCAGUUACUGAUGAUAUAUAUUCUUUUAGUGGAGAUUUAUCUGGUAUAGAUAAUAGGUCUGAUGAUUCAGAAAAGAAUAAUCUGAGUCUUAAUUGUAGAAUAAAUAAAGGCAACCGUUUAAGUAACUUACAUAUUGCUGCAUAUAGUCAGUUUUGUCAAAUACAUAAACUAAUGGGUGUUAUAAAACUUUUUAAACAUAAUUCUAAUAAUCAAGAUAUUUGGUUAUUUAGAGAAUUUAUUUCUGAUUUAAUACCCCAUGUGUCCUUUGAUAAUUUAUGUAAACAAGGUGAACAACAUAUACAAGACGAUAAAUUAGAUACACAUAGCUUAGAAGAAUGUAAUUUUCAAAGAAAACAAAUUGCUGUUUACUUAGUUGGUGAUUUCAAUAAUUGGAAUAAGACUUCACAUCCAAUGGUAUUAGAGACAGAGGAUACAUACUCACAAAGAAAUCAAAUAUACAGUAAUUAUCCAGUAAUUCCAGACUUUAUGAAAGGAUAUGUAUACUCUAUAGUGAUUAGUUCUGAGGAAUUUAGUGAAAAUAAAGAAGGUUCAUUUAGAAUUCGUAUAAUAUUAAAAGAUAAUUGUACUGGAGAAGAGCUAGAAACAUAUAGAUUAUUAAGCUAUUCAAAGAGAUUAUCAAAACAUGGUGACCUUAUAAAUUUUGUAAUUCCUAAUAAUCCAUUGGAAAUAUUAUUUAAAAAUAGAGAUGAUAAAGAUAAGUCAGAUAAUUAUAGAACUAAAGAUAUAAAUAUUAGAUGUACAAAUAUGGAGUCUGAAGAUUAUAUCGAAAUGCCAAACCCAAUACCAAAGUGCGUACUUAAAAAUAAUGUAAUAGAAAGUCCUUACACUAGCAUAGCAAUUCUAAAUUCAUUAAUUGAAAAUAUUAGAAAAUCUCCUCUUUUUGUAUAUGAAGUACAUAUUGGAUUAAGUACAGGUAAUAGUAAUAAUAUUGGCUCAUAUCGUAGCUUUGCUGAAAAUAUUCUCCCAAGAGUUUCUAGAAUUGGAUAUAAUUGUAUCUUAUUUAUCGGUCUACUAGAACACUAUCCUUACAAUUUAAGAGGCUAUUUUAAUUAUAAUUAUUUUAGUCCAAGCAACAUAUAUGGUAAUUUGCAAGAUUUCCUGUAUCUUGUAAGCGAAUGUCAUAGAAGAGGAGUGAUUGUUUUGACUGACUUAAAUCUUACAUAUGGUGACAUAACAAGUUAUAAUGCACUUGUGUGCUCUCGAAAUGAAUCACAAACUCAUAAUUAUGAUUUUAAGAAAAAUCACUAUAAACAAAAUAAUGAAAUGAAGGAGCAACCGCAAAAUAUACAAAAUGAAGAUUUAGAUUCAAACUAUAUAUCAAAAUUAUUUUUAAAUGAAAGUCAAACAAAUAUAAGCCCAUUUAUAGCCACAAAUAUUGGCACUAUUUCUCCAUAUUACUUACAAAAUGAUCCAAAUAUAGUUUCUCCAUAUAAUAUAUACCAUAAACAGGUAGCUCCCUUAAACUUAGGUUAUAUUCCUAUGUUAGCAAUUAUUUUGUCAUCAAUACAUUAUCUCAUGACUGAAUUACAUAUAGAUGGUUUCAGAUUUUAUAUACUCCCUACUGAAGAAGAAACAGCCGAAUAUCCUAAUGGAUCAGUUAUAAGAUUAGUAAAUGACCUUGUUCAUUCUAUCAAACCUUAUGGUAUAACUAUAUCCCAUGAAAUAUCAUUACCAAAUACAAAACCAUCUUUUGAGCUUACAAUACCUAUUGAGAGUGGUGGAUUGGGUUUUGACUAUGUAUGGGACUCAUCUAUAUCUUGUGCACUAAAACAUAUUGCACUCAUAAAUUGGCAAAAUCUGAACUUGAAGAGAGAUAUCUUGAGUAUAUUUGAGGAAGAUACAAUAAGAAUUGAAUUAUCUCGUCCUAGAAGAGCUAUUUCUACUAGGUUAUCUGCAAAGUUAUUAAAAGAUUCUGAUUUAUGUAAUAUAAGACGUAUUUAUAGUCUAGAAUCUUUAGAAACAAAUAUUGCAAGUCAAAAUCCACUACGUAUUGCCAUGUUUAGUUGGGAAAGUUUGCAUACCCAUGCAGUUGGUGGUGUAGCUCCACAUGUUUCUGAACUUUCUGCUGGUCUAGUUCAUUUUGGUCAUGAAGUUCACUUAUUUACAAGAGCCACAACAUCAGUAUAUGUAGUAAGGAUUUGUGAUGGAGUUAUUUACCAUGAAUGUCCAUUUCAACUUCAUUCAGAUUUUGUAACUGAGAUAACUAAUAUGUGCAAUUCAUUUGUAUAUUAUAUGCAACUAUGGGAAUCUGGUCUAACUAAUGUUCCUGUAGGUGUACCUAAAAAUGGAUUUAAAUUUAAUAUAUGCCACUGCCAUGAUUGGUUAGCAGCUCCAGUUUUGACUAGUUUAAGAAGGAUAGGGAAUAAUGGUAGAACUACAUUUUUAACAAUCCAUUCUACAGAAUAUGGACGUUGUGGUAAUCAAUCAUAUGGAGGUCAAAGUCGCUGUAUAGCUGAUAUUGAGCGUGAGGCUUGUCAUACUGCAAAUCGUUUAAUCUGUGUUAGUGGUGUUUUAGCAGAUGAAGUUUGUCGAUUAUAUGGAGUUAACAGAAACAAAAUCCAAGUGAUAUAUAAUGGUAUUUUCUGCGAGACAUUUGAUAGAGUACAUGUGAAUGAUCCAGGUGAAGUUAAAAGAAGAUAUCACAUUGGUCCAAUGGAUCCUACAUUUUUGUGUGUUGCAAGAAUGGUUGUUCAGAAAGGUGUAGAUCUGUUAAUUGAAGCAGUACCUGGUGUACUUAAGUAUCGUAGUGAUGCAAAAUUUAUUAUAGCGGGGGAUGGACAUCAAAAAGAUGAGAUUGAACGUCGUUCACAUCAACUAGGUAUUCAUAACUCUGUAAGAUUCGUAGGUAAACAGUGUGGAGAUGAGUUGAUCCGUUUAUACAAGGCCUGUGAUGCUAUCGUAGUACCUUCACGAAAUGAACCAUUUGGAAUUGUUGUUUUAGAGGGUUGGAGUGCUGGGAAACCUGUAGUAGCUACUACUAGCGGAGGCCCAAGAGAUUUCCUCUCUCCAAAUGUGGAUGGUUAUCUUGUAGAUCCAAAUAAAGAUAGUAUAGCUUGGGGAUGUUGUGAGAUUCUCAAGAACUUUGAACAUUCACGUUGGAUGGGUUCAAGAGGUAGAGUUAAAGCUGCCUUUUCUUUCUCAUGGAAUACAAUUGCUAGACUAACUAGUAAUCUAUAUUUUGAACAGUGCAAUAUUUUGGAUGUAUGCCCAAGUCUUAAUUUGGAUAUCAGAGAACCAUUCAUUCUCCAAUGCUUAGGUCAAGAUGCCUUGCAUCAUCAUAUGACAGUAUUUGAUAACUUUGAAAAAUCUUGUAAUGGUCUCAGAUCUCUGAAAUUAUCCAAUUUAACAAUGAUGGCAUUUAAUAGAUUUGGACUUCUUCACUCUAUGGGUUCUGAAUUUGGAAAUCCAGAUACAUUCGACUUUCCUAGACCUAACAAUAACUUUAACCGAAGUCGUUCAUUCUGUAAUUGGGAUUUAGCAGAUAAUAAGGGCUUAAAGUUUAAACAUAUAGAAUUCUUUAAUGCUUCUCUUAUACGAUUUGAAAAACUUAUGAAUUGGACUUUUAUAUCAAAAAGUAGUAAUCUUUCAAAAUUAAGUCAUCAAAGUCUUGCUAAUUAUAAUCUAAGGGAAAUAGAAACAAAUUCUUGUAUUAAACAAGGUUACAAUUUAAAUACUCCUUAUUUAUACUCUAAUACAUCCCAAGCAUCAUCUAAUGGAUUACCAUCUACAGAUUGUGAAACUCUCUCACUUGAUGAAAUCAAACACUGCGAAUUGGAUCAUAUGAUGAAAAAAGUCCAACAAGAAAUUAAUAAAUGUAUCUAUCGAACUUGUACAUCUGCUUGCUGUGAUAUUACAGCUAAUAAACCUUGUAUAACUUUAUGCCAUGAAGAAGAUAAAGUUUUAAUUGUUGAACGUGCCAACUGUACCUUUGUAUUUAACUAUAGUGGUAAUUAUUAUUCAAAUUAUGGGUUUGGAAUUACAAAUAGGAAAAUUCAGACAAUCAUUUUAGAUACUGAAGAUGAAAGAUUUGGAGGAACUAAGAUAAAUACUAAAUCUUUCAAUAAAGUUAAUUAUACUGAAGGAUUUAAUUUAUAUUUAAAAGGAAAUGGUAAUGAAUACCAUUUUAAUAAUCAACGAACCAUAGAUCCUCAACAUUUUCGUCAAACAAUUUUUCUUGAUUUACCUGCAUUUUCAGGUGUUAUUCUUGCUCCAUUUGAUAUUGUUCAGCGUAUUCCUUUUGAAAAUAUUGGAAAUAAAUUAUUGCUGGGAAAUAUAGAUGAAUUUAUUGAACAGCUCAAACUAUUUCAAAACUAA